AUGAACUGCUGGCCACUUAGGUUUCAAGAAUUGAUCGUGGACCACUGGCCGCCGGGUGUUCGUCUUGACGAUCAUCGGCACCGAACUCGCCCUAACUUGAGCCUGCCAUUUGCGACAAGGCCGUCGGUUCCUUGUCCAUUCACGACACCCUGCCGCUUUCAUCCCCCCCCUCCCUUCGUUCGUCUGCCCCUGCGGCCUGCCUGUCUGCCUCAAGUUCCAAAGUCGAUGGCCUGCGUUUCCAUUUGCUAG